GGGUCCAGCCCUGCCGAGUCUUCCCCGGGGGCCGACCCGGAAGGCGCCCCGCUCCUGCGCACCCCACCUUCACCUUGCCACAGUAGUCAUUCCGAUGGUGUCUCGGACGAGAAUCCGAAGCCUUCCUCACGUCCAUAAGGAUUUGAGCUCUGUCCCUGGGGUGGGAAUCUUGUGCCGGACACAGUUGCUAACUCUGUUGACAGAUCGUCUUAUUCCUGCACUCUAAGCAACUCGGCCUGUGUGCACGGAUAUGCAUCCCGUACUCACAGCCAGUGCUGGUACAGGCCGCCACGUUCACGUCUUCACUUUUGUCUGUACUCUUAAAGGGAAAUUCUAGGGAGACCCUUGCCUUGGUUGCCUACAGGUAAUAAGAAGUCAGCAACCAUUGAGAGGCUUGUCUUCCUGUGCUGACGGUGACAUAGCAGAGUGGGCGCUGGUGUUGGUUGGUAGUGGUUUGUCGUUCACGGCCUCUGUGCUGAUAUUGCCCAAGAGCACCAGGCUAUCAGCUCAGCCUUGUGCGUUAGGAGGGGUUAUCUUGGUGAGUAGAUAAGGUUUUUAUGAAGGGAAGUGCCAGAGGAGAAACGGAAGCAGUGCCGAGAAAUCAAGGCUGCUUUCUAGCAUCUCAUUUCCGCUUCCAGAUGCCCCUUGGUGUGGCCACUGCAAGGCUCUGGCCCCUGAGUAUGCCAAAGCCGCUGGGAAGCUGAAGGCAGAAGGUUCCGAGAUCAGGUUGGCCAAGGUGGACGCCACGGAGGAGUCUGACCUGGCCCAGCAGUAUGGCGUGCGCGGCUAUCCCACCAUCAAGUUCUUCAGGAACGGAGACACGGCUUCCCCCAAGGAAUAUACAGGACGUGGAGUCCGACUCUGCCAAGCAGUUCUUGCAGGCAGCAGAGGCCAUCGAUGACAUACCAUUUGGGAUCACUUCCAACAGUGACGUGUUCUCCAAAUACCAGCUCGACAAAGAUGGGGUUGUCCUCUUUAAGAAGUUUGAUGAAGGCCGGAACAACUUUGAAGGGGAGGUCACCAAGGAGAACCUGCUGGACUUUAUCAAAUACAACCAGCUGCCCCUUGUCAUCGAGUUCACUGAGCAGACAGCCCCGAAGAUUUUUGGAGGUGAAAUCAAGACUCACAUCCUGCUGUUCCUGCCCAAGAGUGUGUCUGACUAUGACGGCAAACUGAGCAACUUCAAAACAGCAGCUGAGAGCUUUAAGGGCAAGAUCCUGUUCAUCUUCAUCGACAGCGACCACACCGACAACCAACGCAUCCUGGAGUUCUUUGGCCUGAAGAAGGAAGAGUGCCCGGCCGUGCGCCUCAUCACCCUGGAGGAGGAGAUGACCAAGUACAAGCCCGAAUCGGAUGAGCUGACAGCAGAGAGGAUCACAGAGUUCUGUCACCGCUUCCUGGAGGGCAAAAUCAAGCCCCACCUGAUGAGCCAGGAGCUGCCGGAGGACUGGGACAAGCAGCCUGUCAAGGUGCUUGUUGGGAAGAACUUUGAAGAGGUGGCUUUUGACGAGAACAAGAACGUCUUCGUGGAGUUCUAUGCCCCGUGGUGUGGUCACUGCAAGCAGUUGGCUCCCAUUUGGGAUAAACUGGGAGAAACGUACAAGGACCAUGAGAACAUCGUUAUCGCCAAGAUGGACUCGACCGCCAACGAGGUGGAGGCCGUCAAAGUGCACAGCUUCCCCACACUCAAGUUCUUUCCUGCCAGCGUCGACAGGACGGUCAUCGAUUACAAUGGGGAACGCACACUGGAUGGUUUUAAGAAGUUCCUGGAGAGCGGUGGCCAGGAUGGGGCAGGGGAUGAUGACGAUCUCGAGGACCUGGAAGAAGCAGAGGAGCCAGACAUGGAGGAAGAUGAUGAUCAGAAAGCUGUGAAAGAUGAACUGUAAGACGGAAAGCCAGACCCGGGCGCUGCCUAGACCUCUCGGGGCUGCACACCCAGCAGCAGCGCACGCCUCUGAAGCCUGCGGCCCUCAUCUGAAGGAGGGCGUCGCCGGAAACCCAGGGAACCUUUCUGAAGUGACACCUCGCCCCCACACACCGUCCAUUCACCCCCGUCUCUUCCUUCUGCUUUUCGGUUUUUGGAAAGGGAUCCAUCUCCAGGCAGCCCACCCCGGUGGGGCUUGUUUCUUGAAACCGUGAUGUACUUAUGGGUCUGUCCAGAGUGCUCGCUAGAGUGUUCAGAGUCUCGCUGCCUCCCUCCUGCGGGAGGUUUCUGCUCUCUUUGAAAAUUCCAUUUGUGGGAUUUUUAGACGUUUUUCGACAUCAGGGUAUUUGUUCCACCUUGGUCAGGCUUCUUUGGAGAAGCUUGUCCCCCGUGCGGGAGGGACGGAGCCAGACUGGACACGGUCACUCAGCACCGCGUGCAGUGUUGCCAUGACUGAUCAUGGCUCUUGCAUUUUUUGGGUAAAUGGAGACUUCCAGAUCCUGUCAGGGUGUCCCCCAUGCCUGGAGGAAGGGCUGGUGGUUGCCAGCCCUGGAGCCCAGCACAGGCCUGGGCCUUCCCCUUCCCUCAAGCCAGGGCUCCACAUCCUGUCGUGGGCUCAUUGCUUGUGACCACUGGCCUCUCUACAGCAUGGCUCGUGGCCUGCUUGAGGCAGAACCAGGACCCUUGACUCCCAGGCGGGGAGGUGGCCAAGGAUGCUGGAGCUGAAUCAGACGUUGACAGUUCUUGAGGCAUUUCUAAUUCACAAUCUGGAAUUGAACACAUUGGACAAAUAAAGUUGAAAUUUUACCACCUG